UGAAGAAUUCAAUUCAGCCUGUUGAUAUGGUGUGUGACAGGUGUUGUAGCGAAGGAGCUCGUUUUUUUCCUCGAAUUUAAAAAUAUUUUUAAAUUCUUCAGAAAAAUGUCCAUAUAACAGCAAGGACUUCAACAUUACUUACUCAACACUUACAUUUACUCAAAUAUGAAGGCGAAACGUGGGAUUUUGUGUAGACAAAAUAUAUAAACAUUCCGUUUAUAUAUUAAAGUCAUACAGCGUUAAAUCGUUUGGAUAAUACUUCUGCUUUUGUAUACUUGACACUGCUAUUAAUUAAAUAUAUUUUUAAAAAACUGUAGAACAUAUUAACCAUAAAAAAACCUAGGCAAAAAUGUUAGCUUCAAGCCAAAGUAAAACAUUAAAUUCCAACAUGGUGUCCUACAUAGAAAAUACUGCUCCUGGUAUGGUCACAUCAGAGUUGUGUAAACAAAUUGUAUUUACAAACCAGUGUACAGUCACAAAAUAACCCUUAUCAAUAGCUUCUCCAGCAAAAAGAAACGACGUGUUACGUUUUACAAAGUGUUCCCCAAAAUCAAGAUGGUGAAUGUUGCCAACAUCUGGAUAAAUGAUGUGCCUGUCAGUCGUACUGUAAUAGUUUGAGUUGACAGCAUUAAGCCCACUAAGUGACUUUAGGAAAGGGAUGGCUGACAUUGUAAAGUGAAAAUAGCUUCUUAUUCUUAUUAUUAUUCAACCAUAACUUGCUGUAGAGAUGACUGUCCGUUUCCUACAGUAUGAACCAUUGUGUCAAAAAGGAAUCAAAGUGAGAACAGCUCUUUGAACUUUGCAUAUGACUUUUGGCAGCAGUUAGUAUGUUUACAUUGUGCUACUACAGGCAUUUUGGCACUGUUCUUCAUUUUCUCUGUUAUAGCAAGGAGAUUUUUUUUGUAGGUUUAGAGACAUGCAGGCAUUACCUCGACAGGACUAUGUCUCCUUAAGCCUCCCUGGACCAGCAGGUGGAGGUUACAACAACAGCAAACAGUGGAGGAGACAGUCCUGUUGGAGGAAAUGGAAGCAGCUCUCCAGCCUGCAGCGGAGCCUCAUCCUUUUCAUCCUCAUGCUUCUGUUUAUUUGUGGACUUGCAGUCUAUCCUACUGUUACUGAACAUCUCAGAGCACUUUGUAUGGGCCUUACAGAUGGUGAACACAACACAGACAAUCACAGCAUCCAGAAGCCUGCCAUUCCUCAUGUGCUGGAAGAACCUGUCAAACAGGAGCAGCCAUUGCUGCCUGAAAAACUACCCCAGAGACAUCAAUACAACAAGAGAGGACCACCACUGCUUCAGAAUCAUUCUAAAAAAAAAGAAAACUCAUCAGACACAGCAGCAGCCGGCAAGAAGGAUGGGGAGAGGAAGAGGGAGGAGGGAGUUAUCAGCUGGCGCGGUUCAGUGAUUGACACUGACCAAACCACGGAAGGAGCCAAGGACGCGAAAAAAGAAGAUUCAGCGAAAUUAUCUAAAGAGAUAGAAACUUCCUGGCCAAAAGCAGUACAAGAAGCCUUUAAACAUGCGUGGAAGGGCUAUAAAGAGUUUUCUUGGGGUCAUGAUGAACUGAGACCUGUCUCUAAAUCCUACAACGAAUGGUUUGGCCUUGGUUUGACGCUGAUUGACUCACUGGACACCAUGUGGAUCAUGGGACUUAGUGAAGAAUUUGAAGAAGCAAAAGCAUGGGUGGCUACUGAGCUUUCAUUCAACAAGAAUGUGGAUGUUAACCUCUUUGAGAGCACCAUCCGUAUCCUGGGAGGCCUCCUGAGCACCUACCACCUGACGAAAGAUGAGCUUUUCCUGGACAAAGCUAAGGACAUUGGCUCUAGACUGAUGCCAGCCUUCAACACCCCAUCUAAAAUUCCCUAUUCCGACGUGAACAUUGGGAAGGGCAUUGCCCAUCCCCCUCGUUGGACCUCGGACAGUACUGUAGCUGAGGUUGCCAGCAUCCAGCUGGAGUUCAGAGAACUCAGCCGUCUCACACAGGAACCACAGUACCAGAAUGUAGUAGCUGAGGUUAUGGACAAGAUCCACAAGCUGGGGGGUAAACUGGAUGGUCUUGUGCCCAUGUUCAUCAACACAAACAACGGACAGUUCACCCAUCAGGGCAUCUUCACACUGGGAGCCAGAGCAGACAGCUACUAUGAAUAUCUGCUGAAGCAGUGGAUCCAGGGUGGCAAGAAAGAGGAGGGACUACUGCAGGACUAUCUGCAGGCAAUAGAAGGUGUAAAGAAGAACCUAUUGCAGAAGUCAUCACCUAAUGGCCUUACUUUCGUUGGAGAGCUCUCACAUGGACAGUUCAGCCCUAAAAUGGACCAUCUUGUAUGUUUCCUGCCUGGAACUCUGGCCCUUGGUGCUCACAAUGGUCUCCCUGCUGAUCACAUGGAUUUGGCGAAGGAGCUGAUGCAGACCUGCUACCAAAUGUAUGCCCAGAUGGAGACAGGCCUGAGUCCAGAGAUUGUCCACUUCAACAUGCACCAGGGCAGCAUCCGAGACAUUGAUGUGAAGCUUGCUGACAGACAUAACCUGCUGCGUCCAGAGACUGUCGAGAGUCUUUUCUACCUUUACCGGUUAACCAAGGACCAGAAGUACCGGGAGUGGGGUUGGGAGAUUCUUCAAAGCUUUAACAAGUUUACAAAGGUUUCCUCUGGUGGCUACACGUCCAUUAAUAAUGUGCGGGACCCAGACUACCCCAGUCCUCGUGACAAGAUGGAGAGCUUCUUCCUGGGAGAAACUCUCAAAUACCUUUAUCUGCUUUUCUCCGAUGACCCCGACCUCAUCAGCCUGGACAAGUACGUCUUCAACACUGAAGCUCACCCUCUGCCUAUAUGGCCCUCCACUGAGUGACACAAACACAGGUGAAUUUUAACAGAAUAUGUGAACACAAAAACCAAUAUCUCAGGGUUGGUGUAACACCAACAAGUUUGGUUCCUUCUGUCUCAGUGAGCUGCCAAAACAUCACUGAACAUAGGUGGAUAUAUGUCUUUAGUAUGAAUGAACAGAUGUGGAGAGUGAAAAAAGUGUAGACAGAUGAGUUGUGAUGGUGUGUUCUGUGUUUUGGAGAUUUCUGUUGUCUCCAACAGUCUGGUAACAUCAGCAGUGUUAAACAUGGCUCAAGAAAAUGCCUAAAGUUGUUUUUAUCAGGCGUCAAGAACCCAGAAAGUCAGAGCAACCGCUGAGGCAGAAUCAAAAGAUUCUGAUAUAAAACAAACAUCUUAUACCAUAUAAUUUAUAUCAAAUUAAAUAAUUUCUACCCAAAAGCAGUCUUAACUUGCGAAUAAUAUGGUGUUGUUUUAAGAAGAGAACGCGAUCGUCUCCAAAUACAAAGCCAGGUGACGGUGUGAGACCUGUUGUGAUUGAACCUGACUGCUGUCUGCUUCUAAGGAUGGAAUGAUACUCUCAACUCACAAUAUUAUGAUUCAUGAUUCUUUGUUCCCGAUAGGAUUUUAUUUUGAAACAAAAUUAGACAAAUUAUAACCAAAUACAAUGAUCCUUAAUUUGUAAUAACAAAUGCAAAAUUCCCUUACCACCUAGAAUGGUCUUAUGUACCUUAUAGACUGAAAUAGUUAUCUUAAAUAUCAGAAUAAAAAAAAGCACAUUUCUUCACAGAAACACUGCACAUCACCAUUUUCCUCUUAUUAGAUGUCAAACUGUCAAUAUAUUAAACAACAAAAAAUAUGAAAAAAUAUUACCUGGGAAUACUUCCUUAUUUUACAGAAAGACUGUAAAACAGUGUUUGUAUCUGUGGAAGAAGUUCUUUCCACGUUAUGUUUGAACACCCGGAUGUCACUUAGGCUACUAGAGACUUGAUUAAAUAGCAUAUACCAUCACUGAAUGACUUGUUGAGAUAAUGCAACCUACUCCUUGAUGUGUGAUGCAUUUGAUAUUUUAACCAAAUUGACACGUUUUUCUAUGGUUUUAUUCACAAUGUAUCAAUACAUCCCUACUUCUCACUGUUUGAGCUCGGACAUGGUCAUGUGUUUGGUGACCUCACAGGGAUGUGACAGCAAAGCUAAUUACUCAUGACAUUGUAUUUAGUUAUUAUUAAGUGUGGCUGGAUGUAUUUCCAGAUGUUGAACCUCCUUAAUAGGAGCAAGCAUGUGCCAAAAGUCAAUAAGGUUUUUUUUAGGUUACUGGAUUAUGGUCAGACUUCAGCAGGCCAUGGCAGUCAUUGUGAAGUGGAAUUUAGUUUUGUUUUUGUUUUUUUUAUUUGGACCAUACCAUUAAGAAAAACUUUGUGGGACGCAUAUUGAUACGAGGUUAAAAUCAUACCACACGUGUUGUAGCCUGAUAUAAAAAUACUAUAUUUGUUGACUCAUGUUGCAUUUGUGUUAUCUAGAAAGAGCAGGGUGAAUUGAUUGUGUACCUUUUUUGUAACCACUAACUAUCUUAGUGAAGCUGAUUUAGUGUUGGCCUUUGCUUUAGUCGUUGAAUUGCUGUCACCACCUGUUGAUCUCUGAACAAGCUGCAUCACAGGCCAGCCAUGUCUGGACUGAUGUGAUGACCUUAACAAUGACCUGUAGAGUUCAUUAUAUUAUUUUAGUAUGUACUCUGGCCUCUGAAUGGAGAUGUGGUACUAGAAGUCUUUUAGUCUCUUAGUCUCUACAAACAUCUGGAUGCGCCGACAUAAGCAUCUUAAGACAAUGUAAAGAUAGUAAACUUUGGAGACAAAAAGUACCGGUAGGAAUAAAUAUUAACAUUAAGUCAAAGUAGCUCUCAGGUUUUUAGUAGAUUUUCUUGCUUUAUCUUUGCUGGAUGUACACCUCUACAACAUAUGAGGUAAACAGAGAGACAUUGUAAGAGAGGCAUUUGUAAGAGAGGUAUUAAAACAAGAAAAGAAGAACACAAAGGCCUCACAUCAUGUGGGAGCGACCUUACUUUAAUCUGUGUUUGUACUUGCCUGAACCCUUAAUUGGGAAAGAGGAAAGAAAAAUGUGAGACAUAGGAUUAAUACUAGGACUCUUAAAUAUUAUUUUUCUCUUUAUUUUUCUGUUUAUUAUUUAUUUAGUAGGCAUUGGCAUUAAGAUCUGCUUGGCAAGUACAGUAAGUCAUUGUUGUUGGUGUCUGUAAGCAGGAAACAACUUUACACAGCAGCUGGAAACAGUGAUAUUUGUGGUGGUGCUGGUAGCCACCAAGUGAGAGAUGAGGUCAUGACCUGACUGUAGUGUUGCAUUUGACUGUUUCAGUUCAGUAUGACAUAAAUGCUGCAGCAUCAAUUUAUAGCAGAUGAACACAGCUGUUACUAAGUAGCAGAUUGACUUCUAAACUGUGAAUUCAUUUUGAGUGCAGCAGCCAAUUCUUACAAUAACUCUUUUUUAAUGCUUAGAAACUGCUUCUCAUUAAAUGUUUUUAUUAGCAUAUGUAUUCAUGUGAGAGAGGUGUGAUAUUAAAUUUGAAUAAAAAAUGUAAUAUAUUGAUUUUAGCAUUAAGCCGUAGCUUAGGUAUAAAUGUGUUAAAAGAGUGAAAUUGUGAUGUUUGCUUAGAUUUUGUAGUAAUAGUAGCUGCUUUAAGUUGGGGUAGAUAAGAUUUUUUUUUUUUUUUGCCACGAUUAAUUUUAAAUAAUUUUGUCACCCUGACUGUUUAAUAUGAAAAAAUAAAAUAAGAUGGUAAAUAACAAACAAUAUCAGCAAAGGUCUACAGAUGAAAAUGACAAAAUAAAAAUAUUCAGGCACAUAAAACUUUACAAACCUAAAUUUAGCUGCAGUUUAGUGGCAAGUAUGGUUUUACUAUAUGACAGAUGACUUUUGAUGUCUUUUCUGCAAAGCAAUCUAAAAAUAUUGGGCUAUAAAUGCAAUAAAGCAUGUGAUGUGUGAAUGGAGCGUUUUAGAAAUAUUGUCUGGUUUUCUGACCACUUAUUAAGUGCCUGCGUCAGUUCAUGGUCAUCUGAUGGGUAUGACUCCUAAACAGCCAUUAUUCAAACAACAACAUGUUAUUGGUUGAAACAUUUUAGACUAAAAAUGACAAAACAAUCAUUAGGAUUAUAAAAGUGUAUAAAUAACUACACUACAAGACAAGAGAUGGCUUUAAGAAACUAACAAAAGAACAAGAGUUAUUGAAAAAUCUAUCUGCAAAUUGAUGACUGACGACUGUCUGUCAUGACCCUGAUCUUUCCUACCCCAGCUUUGAGAGCAGCUAGCUGUUCUGUCAGAACAUGAAGCUGAUAGUUCAAAUGAAUUUACAUGACAUUUGAGUUGAGACCAAACUUGUUUUAUACUGUAAUGUCUGUAAUGGUUUUUUUUUUUCACUUGUGCCUUUAAUGUUGAUCCAGACAAUAUUCAACAGACCAACUAGUAACUGUCCACGGUUUUCACAUUCUAUUACGUUAUGUUUUUGAUUGUUUACUACAGUGUAUAUGGUAAUUGUGAUGGGAUGUUUUUACGGUAAUUUGAAAAAAUGUAUUCAUAUUUUUACAACAGUCCCUAGCAAUCCUUAGGUCACUGUUGUGUACAUAUGUCAGCAUAACUCCUGAGCCAAAGAUAUGCUGAACAUCCAAUAAUAAGGCCUGCUUUUUAUUAGAGCAAUCAAAGCCAUUGGUCCAAAGCCACUUUCAGGAAGAACUAACAGAAGAUAUUUUCAAUGAAUUUUAUAACCAAUGUGGAUAUUUGAGGACAGGUUUUAGAAUUUUGUGUCUCUGCCGACUUGGCCCAACAUGUUAAUUAAAAUCACAAUGUAACAAUGUAAAAGUUCAGUGUGUACCAGGACUUGAAACUGUAGGGUUUAUCCCUGUGGUGCUAUUUAGUUUAGUCACUGUGAAUGCCUGACUUACCCAACACAUUCACUGUUUUAGGGAAAAACGUAAGAAUGUUAUAUCGACCAAAAAUUAAGCCUGACGUAUUAUUGUUGGGAGGAAUGAACAUUGCUGUUGAAAUAUCACAAACAUUUUUUAAUCUAACGUUCAGAUUUAAUGAAUCUGAUUUAAUGUUUUACCAAAAUGUUGCCUCAUAUUUACCCAAAAGGUUGCUGAGGUUGCUUUGACAUAUGUUGCGAUUUCACAGAAAGCAGAUCAAGUUUAUUAUUAGUUUACAUAAAUAUUAUGUGUGGUGGAGAAAUAUGGAAACAUAAUAUGUGACCAGGACCACUUCUCCCUCUCGGGGGAUUUAUUGUAUUAAAGGUUUCUGACCAUAGCAGGUCCAACAACGAAUCUCAUCUGAACAUUCACCAACAAAUCCCACAUUCUGAUACAUGCUGAUUCUGUUUAUAGUCAUAGACAAACGUGAUGUUACAUAAUAUUUGGCUCACAUUCAGCUCGUAACCAGAUAAACAUGGUCAUUUACCCAGGUCAACUGUUCUUGCAUGUGCCUGUCUCCUGUCUUCUUUGGCGUUUUCCUGUUAUUCUGAAUUGGCCGUUACAUAUUACUUUAGCAUAUUUCUCCACCAAAUAAGGGAAUAUAUUUCCUCAGUAUGUGAUUAAUAAAAUGUUCUUAUGUUCCCUGAAUUCUGGAAACAGAGGUUAGAGUAUAUUUGACCACUAGAGGGCGUCUACAGCAGAAUUUAUUUUGGAAAUAAGUCAUUCUCAAUAACGUUCAUCCCUUGGCAUCACAUUAAACAUCUUAAAGACCUUUUUAGGCUAGAACUAGUCAUCUCCCUUCUCUCCUUUGGUUUAAGGUUGCGACCUUUCAUUGCCUUAAUGCUGUGAUUAUGAGACCUUUCAGAUGUGGAUCAUGUAACAGCCAUUUGUUCAUGUCUUUUUGUAUUGCAUCUUUUGCUGAAUAUUUUUAAAGACUUUAAAUAAAGACGUUUUAUUGAACAA